CGGCGUAUAAAACCGGCAGUGAAAAUACAAUUUACGGUAAGUUAGUCGCAGAAGGUUGCCGGGGAAUAACGUGUGGUGUUUAUUUGCCUACGAAAUUAAGCAGAGACAAAAACAAAAUCAAAAUGAAUUCUAAACUAGUUAUAUUGUGUAUUUGUGUGCAAAUGUGCGUGUUGGCGAGCGGGCGUCCUCAACAGCUGCAACGUCAGGGUCCAAUCUUUUGGAAUCCAUUUUUGCCUGAACGUCCAGGCGCCGGUAGCACCACCACUACUCCAGCUCCACCCGCCUCUUCGACCACCGUGCCUUCGCCGCGGUAUCUAGCCUGUUUGCAGGCCUGCCCCUCCACCAUGGAGUACAAUCCUGUUUGUGGUAGCGACAACCAGAAUUAUCACAAUCAAUUCCGUCUGGAAUGCGCCGCACGUUGCGGUCAAGCUGUUUCUUUGGUGCGGAUGGGAACCUGUAACCCCCUAUAAGUGCUUGAGUGCAAAUUCUGUCACGCAUAAAUUCCAUCGCGAACAAAAUUUGAAAAUAUUAUAAAAUUCAAAUUCUCCCGUGUAGAUUAAGUUAUCGACUGACCUGCUUAUAUACAUACAUACAUAAAUAUGUACAGGCACGUACACAAUAUUUGUUUUUGUUUAUUAUUAAUUUUUGCUUUAUAUUUUUUGGAGUUUAUUAAUUUUGUAGAAAAUGCAAUUAUUGUUUUUCCUAUGAGAUUUAAAGGAAUAAAAUAAUUAUUUGACACACACAUAAAU